CAGGAAGUGACGUCAAAUGAUGGUCGUGCUGUGUGUGCAACUGAAGUGAAAGAGCUAGAGAGCAGAGGGAUCGCAGGUACGGGAGUCAUAGAGAGAGGGGAGGGGGGGGAUAGAAGGGAAUGGUCCAUCCACAAACCCCCCCAGGACCUGAUACCGAGCUGUGGUGACGGCCCAGCGUUGCCAUGGCAGAGGAUGUGCAGUGCAUUGCGGCGCUCUGUGUGUGUUGAAUACCCAACCGGCCGUGAAGGGGUUUUCGCUGCAUGUACGUCGCUGUAAUUUAGCCAUCUUAACUGGUUUACAUGGAGCCCGUAGGGGGCGGGGAGUGCCAGUCUGGAACGGAUAUUCCGUGCUAAUUUACAGGCAUGGGGAGGACAGCAGGACAAAGGGGAACUUUAUUCCCCCUAGCCAUGUCCCCACCAGCUCUCUCCAAUACAUUUACUGUGGUUUUGUGGGGAAACACACAAUGUAGUUUCCUGCCUGGCAUAUUGAUUUGAUUCCCCUCUACCACCCACUUGCAGUGAAACCUGUUCUAUUAUGUGAUUAUUUCCCACACACCCAACCCAUAACCUGCAUCUAUCAAAACUAAAGAUAUGCCUUGCACUUUCCACAAGGUCACAUACAGUAAAUUCCUCCAUAUUUUGUUUACACUAUAAAUCUCAAAGUAUGUUAUACGAUUUGUUUAUAGAAGUUGUGUUGACAGAAUGUAAUGUAUCUCUUGAUUUUGUUUUUUUGUUAGAUGUGUUCCCCCCCCACCCCCCUAAAUAUUGAGAGUUAGGAUGUGUUUUAAAGCGGCUUAUUUAGAUGGAUGAUAUAAGCGCUCGUGACCAAGCAUGUAAAAUUUUAGGGCAAGUACAAAAGCUAACUUUAGCUAUUCUUCAUCCGUGCUAUUUUGGCCUAAAUCUUGAAUUUAUUUUUUUUCAGUUCAUCAAGUUUACUUUUGUUUAACUGACUAGUUAAUGGUUCACAUACCAGAUAAAUUGCUCUCUGCACCUUCAGAAUUUGAACAGUCCAUCUCUUACCAUAAAACACACAGAAAACCCAAACCUAUUUAAAAAAAAAAAUGGUUAGUUAGAAACAUAGAAUGUGAUGGCAGAUAAGAACCAUUCGGCCCAUCUAGUCUGCCCAAUUUUCUAAAUACUUUCAUUAGUCCUUAGUUUUAUCAUAUAGUUAGGACAGCCUUAUGCCUAUCCCACGCAUGCUUAAACUCCUUUACUGUGUUAACCUCUACCACUUCAGCUGGAAGGCUGCAUCCACUACCCUCUCAGUAAAGUAAUACUUCCUGAUAUUAUUUUUAAAUCUUUGUCCCUCUAAUUUAAGACUAUGUCCUCUUGUUGUGGUAGUUUUUUUUCUUUUAAAUAUAGUCUCCUCCUUUACGGUGUUGAUUCCCUUUAUAUAUUUAAAUGUUUCUAUCAUAUCCCCCCUGUCUCGUCUUUCCUCCAAGCUAUACAUGUUAAGAUCCUUUAACCUUUCCUGGUAAGUUUUAUCCCGCAAUCCAUGAACCAGUUUAGUGGCCCUUCUCUGAACCCUCUCUAAGGUAUCAAUAUCUGUUCAGGAUUAGUAUUCUUACACAUUAUCACAUACACAUGACAGGAAAUAUCAAAGAGGUUUAUUAAACAGAUAAUUGCUAAGCGAAGUUCAACAUUUAGACUCUGCUAAAAGAAGUGGAGUGAAAAAAACUGCUUGUUUUUUCCUAGCUGUUAUUUUGAUUUUUACAUUUGCAAUUCUUUUGGCAAGUCCACAAUUUCCGGUUUACUGAACAACCCAAAAGGAAGUAAACUAGCCUUGUCACAUGUGAGAUCAUUGUAAUUUUUUUUUUAUUUUUAUAGUAAAGGCGUUUUAAGGUGUCAUGUCUGAUUUACAUGGUGGCACAUGAGAAUGAGUCAUUGGGGAAUAUGCUCACCUGAUGCUGUCCCUUUUCAUCUCUGCCAUUCGAUUCAGCUUCUUGCACUUCACUUUUUUUUUUUUUUUUAUACUUGCAAGAAAUCAUUUUACUUAACAUUUAUUAGUUAUGUAGCCAGGAUAGAUGGAAUAACCAGAGUUGCAACAUGAUAAAGUGGAAGUACAGGGACAUAAAAGGUGGUGAGUGCCUACUCAAACGAUUUUAUGUUGUAAUCUGCCACAAAGCAUGUCAAUUUUGUAUGGUUUUGUGACAUUUUAUUUUUUUAUAAUUAUAUCAAAUAGUUUUACUUUUGUUUUCAAGAUUCAUAAAACACAAACCUAUUGGUGUAUAGUAUGUAGUAGGAAAUUAAAAUUUUAACCCCUUUCGUGACAAAAAAAAAAAAACAUGAGUAUUUACAUUUCUCCAAAACCACCCCUCUAGUGCCUGUCAGUCACUAGUUGCACUUUCUCAUUGAAGACUUUAAUUUCUUUUGAAGGUUUUCACAUUUGGCAUCAUCACGCUGUGCAUGAUGCUGCCAAAUGCUGUGAAUAUUUAUCAUUGGGUUUGAUGAUACUUAUCCAAAUGACUAAGAGUGAUGAUUGCUGCGUAUGCAUUAUAGGUCCCAAGUAUGAGAAGCAUUGGAUUGAACAGAAAUCAUCACAAGUGAUGAUCUCAGAAGAGUAGUAGUGGCUGCCCAGUGAAGGCCCUUCUUGAUUGCAGGUGAAUAAAAAUUGAGUUGUUCUUUUUAAUUUUUUUAUUUAUCUUUCAUUAUUUUUUGUUUUGUUUUGUUUAAAUCGAAGGGAAAAAAAGAACACACUAAAGUUAAAAAUAUUAUACUAUAUUAUGCAAUUUUAUCCUUAGAUUUAUCAAUUAAAGGGAGUCUAUAGGGCAGGGUAAGCAACCUUCAGCACCCCAUAUGUUGUGUACUACAACUCCCAUAAUGCUCAUGUAAUCCACAACAUAUGUAGCGCCGAAGAUUCUUUCCUGCUAGAGCAUUAUAAGAACUUCAUCCAUCAUGAACCUCAUUGGUGCUUUAAUUGUGCCCACAAGUAAAAGUAGAAGUCUACAGAAGGUCCUGCAAAAACUUGGAAUCCUUCAUAGACCAAGUGGCAUGCUUUGCAAGAACAAGCCUGAUUUCUAGUGACAGUUGUGGAAAUUGACAAGACCUGACAAAAGAAGUCUGACCUAUUGUCAGAUGUACUCAAAGUAGUACCUACAUUAUAUUUUGAUCUCUUUUAAUUGCGCAGGGAUUUCAAUAAAAUGGGAGUAUUUCAUAAAUUUGAAAUGCUCACUAUGGUACGGUCUAUUUAUAGCGGCUAUCACACUGAAUGAGAUUCCCUGGCUGUCCAUAGCCCAGCUCCAAUAGGAUAUGUGGCUAUGAUGUUAAUUGCACACUGUCUUAGCCAUACCAGCGAUGGCAGCUCUAAUAGGCUGUGAAUGUAAUUUUACCUCUCACAUCCGAUCACUGACACCCAUCACUCCUUGGGUUAAUGUAGAAGUGUUAGCUUGAGCUGCAAAGAGUGGACAAGGUAUCCCAAGUUUCAUUAACAGUUUAACACUAAUGAAGGAAUAGUAUUCCAUAAGAUGAAGUGGUUACAGUACCUAGAGCAGGGUUAGGCACUCCAGAUGUCCCUCUCCCCACCUUCUGAUAGGAAACUGAAUGUGACAGGACACCAGCCUGACACCCUCCUCUCCCUCGUGUGUUAGCUAGGAGGAAAUGACAGACUCUCACUUCUUUCUGGCUGUCAGUAUGAGUGGGGCCUGGGUUGCAACACACGACCAGACUCCUGACAAGACAUGCCCACCGCGUGGUCUUAAGUGCAUGGGUCACCUGGUGGGCCCCCAGUGUAGUCGCACAGACAGUAUAUCAGUCGCUGGGUUUGGAUGCAUUUUACUACAGUUAGCUUCAAGUCUCUCUAUCGUUUUAGGGAGGGUUAUUUACCAAAGUGAGUAAUGUCACAAAUUCAAAGUGUAUUUAAAAUUAAAGGAAACAAUAGUCGAAUUGGAAACAUAGUGCACUUGGUUGAAAACCUUCCCAGUUCAGCUAUUUUUGUCAUAGAUUUAAAAUUCAUUUUAAAUUCCUGACAGUUGUCACUUUAGUGAACAACACUGUUAGUGACCAAAUGGUUAUUUUAUUAUUUUUUAAGAGGAUUGGUUACACAGUGACCAAUGGGCUAGUUUGUGGUUUUUACAUUCUUUUGUGUGGUGUCUUGUUUUAAAAACAAACAAAAAAAAAAUAUUUUUUUUUUUUAAUGGGGGGUAAAGGGGCAGGCUCUUAAGUAUUCUCUUAGCCCCCUGUUCUUUCACAAUUUCUGUGAGUGAGUGAUCAGGAUUGGAGAGCACUCAAAUGACUUUCUAAAGCUGUGUGUGCCUAUCAGCAUUUCCACACAUGCCAUUGCUCUCUGAAAGCAAUCACAUGUCAGGAAAUACUGGUACGGAAAUACUGUCUCUCAGCUGGCAGUAUCGGCGUGUACUUGUACAUUGUGAUCACGUCAUGCACAUUUGCCAUGAUCUGCAAACGUUGAUGUUCUGGGACAGUUACACAUCCAAUAGGGACAUAUUUUUGUAAUUGUCCCAUCACAUCUCCCAGCAUUGAAGGGAUUGUAAAUGUGUUGGACACUUGGACGAUUGCAAUUGGGAGCGUGCUUUAGGUAAAUUAAUGUGUAAAUCUAUAAAUAUUAAAGUUUAAGUAUAAAUACUCCUUUCCUAGAUUAAUACCAUUAAUUUAGAAAAAGAUGGAAAAAAGCCCAGAGAAAAAAGGCACAAUAUGACUAAAAUUUAGGUGAUGCUGUCAGUUCUCCUGGUGACAAAGUUUUUAGUCCUUGGUUUUCAAGAGAAGGGAACAAAGAGGAAGGAGCAGGUGCUUAUCCGUUGACUUAUGUAACAAGCUAAGCAUGCUUUCAUUGGCCAUGGUCGAAACAUCUUAUGAUAUUUGUCAUGUGCCUGCUAUUCUUUGAUAUGUUGUAAAUUUUACUUUUGUAACCGUAUGUUUCAAUAUGUAGUUGCUUACAGAAAGCACUAUGAUUUUGUGGUCUUAGAUUUUUAGAUUAAGUACAGUUUCACCUCAUACUGAAAGGAUUUGGGACAUUUGCUUAUUCAUAUAUCCAUGGAUUUUUGGAAUAUGGACUUUUUAUGAUUUAUUAAUUAUUUGGUUGAUUGAUUUUUAUUUAUUUUUUUAAAUUUUAGCCACCUUGUGCCUUGGUUUUUCAAUCUUAAUUCUUUAUAGCAGUCUUUUUUUUAUUAAAAAAAUAGUUUGGGCACCAUAACUUAUUAGAAAUGAACUUGUUAUGGUGUCAGGAGGUCCCUUGCACGGCUCACUUAAAGGGGUUAAACUAUUCAUUAUUAUGUUAUUUAUAUAGCGCCAACAAAUUCCGCAGAGCUUUACAGUGGGUGGACGAACAAACAUGUAGUUGUAACCUUACAAGUUGGACACACAGGAACAGAGGGGUUGAGGGCCCUGCUGAAUGCUUGAGGGAGUGGGGUAAAGUGACACAAAAGGUAAGGAUAGUAUUAGACUAAUGACGGUUGCAAGAGAGGAACGGUUUAUUCAGGAACAGUUUAACCGCAAAGUCUGUGUUCCAGAGCCGAGUCUCUUUCUCUGUCCUUCUGUUUUUUUGUUUUGUUUUUUAAUCGGGAAACCGGAAGACUCCUGCAGAAUCAGGCAACACGCUCACUGGUUAAGAGCUUCAGCUGACUGCUGUCAGCCAAUCAGUGGCACUGCCAAAUUGUGCAAGAGCCUCCCAGUUUCCUGAUUUCAAGAAAACGUAAGGACAGAAAUGCAGGGAGAUUUGGUAUGGAAACUCAGACUUUGGAGUUAAAUCAUUCCAGAACUAUUUAACCCCUUAAGGUAAGCAAGCACCAGGGACCUCCUGGCACCAUAAGAACUUAAUUUUGAUUAAGUUGCGUUGGUGCCCGUAGUGUUUCUUUAAAAAUACCAUGACAAUUUAGAAUUAGUGAAAAUAAAAAUAUAUAUUGUAAGAGAUAUCCAUGUCUUGAAAGAAAAAAAAUGCAGUGUGACUCAAAAUCUCUUGUGUCAACUUUCUCAGACAUUAAUAUUUAUCGUCAAAUUGAAAGUGGUUUGACGCCAACCGGUAACACCGUGACCGAAGACUCUUUGCAAUAUGCAAAAUAACCACUACAAAGACCUGUAGUGGUAACCGCGCUUAGAAUGCUGCUAUAACUUCAACACUGAUCAGGUUCUUCUAUAUAAGGUGUUUUACGUUUGCAAACAAGAUUUUUUUUGGCAGUUGUAUCUCAGGCGUAUGCCUUCUGCGGUUUAAAAGCAAACUGAUAAACUACACAUCCCAGCAAACCAAAUUAUACAGUGGUUUUUAUAUUGCAAACUUUAUAAAAAGAGCUACGGUAUUUGUAACCUAAUCUACACAGUUCACCUAAUUUGUGCGAAUAUUUGGACUGUCCCUUUGAGUUUAGUCAAUAUUGCCUGCCAGUGCUGGAAAUGCCCAAGAUGAACUUACUGGUUGUCUUAUUCCAACUUUCUUGCGUCAUGGAAGGAGUUGUGUGCAUGAGAUGCCUCCAAGGCUAGUUUAAGUGAUUCUGCUAGCUGGGAGAUCAUGCGCAUGGUACAAUACACAUGACAAAGUGUAGUUUUCUUGUUGUGUAUUUUGUAAGUUUAAAAAAAAAAAAAAAGAUUUAAACCCCUUAAGUGAUAGUCCUGCUUUAUUGUUUACCAUGCAAACCUAAAGUUUUAGUUUAAUGGUUUAAAAGGGAGAAUGGAGAUCUAUGAACUUGCAAUAUCGCUUGUACCCAAGACCUAAGAAUUGCAGCAUAAAUAGAUAUUUUAUCUUCAUCAAAGGGAAGAUGUCAAGAUUUGACUUGCUAUCCUGCCUCAAACGUACAUUUCAUACUCUGUAUUCUUUUUUUUUUUUUUUAUAUUCUUUAUUUUUGUUCACAUCGCAUAUGCACAAAGUUUAGAUUGCAUUACAGCGCUAUAAGCAGUGGAAACAGUUUAAGCAGGUUGUAGAGUAUAAUAGCAACCAUUAGUGCGUAGCCACUUAGCAUCGGGUUGACAUAUGCGACAUGGGUUUUUUGGUUUUUGUGAUGUAACAAUUUUUAACUGUCAACUUGAAAAUAUAGAUAAAAUAGAGAAUAAGAGGAAAAUACCCCUAGAAAUAUACAUUGCAUCCUCUGCUUCCAGGGCGCUAUGUGUUGUUAGGUUGUAUCGUGAGGAAUUGUGUUGUGCUAUGUGUGCGCCAUGCGCUUAAACAGAGGCAGGUGCCAACGUGGCAUUGAGGCAUUAAUAGGGGUAAAAAUGGGGGGGGGGGGGGGGGAAGUACUUUUGGUGGUACUACGGCUUAGCAAGGUUGCCUACGGAGCCAGAGAAAUAAUAACAGAUCUUAGUAACAUAUGAAACUUCAGGAGUAAGAAAUUAUAUAACUGUCAAUUAUGACAUGCAGGAAACAAAUAGUUCAGUCGGUGUCAAGCUGGGGGGUCCGCCGACCCCGCCAGUGCAUAUCGUGGGACAAAUGGAGGGAUGUCUUCUACUGCCCGUGUUCUUCUGUCCCGUGGUGAUAGGGCUUCUGCUGAAACUCCCAGUGCUUGGAGGAAGGCAGGUGCAUCUUGGAGUUGCGAGAGUGGGAACUUCUUGCCAUUUUUCUCUGCCACUAGGUGGUGUGGGCCCCAUCUGUACGGGAUGUCAGCCUCCCUCAGCAGCUUUGUAGCGGAGCGGAGUGACUGCCUCCAUUGCAUGGUUGCUCUUGAGAGGUCCUUGUAGAAGGACAGCUGCGAGCCUUCAAAAGCCAGUGAGGGAGAUACUCUUGUGGUUCCCAGGACUGCGGACUUGUCAGAGUCCCUCUGAAAUUGCAGCAGCACGUCCCUGGGUGCCUCUGGGGGUGCCUUGGCUGCCUUGGGCAAUCGAUGGCAUCUGUCAAUUACAGCUUGCUUGGCUUGCUUAGGUGUUAGCAGUGUGGCUAGCAAUCGCCUUAUGUAGUGAGGCAGUUCAUCUGGUGAGGUGGAUUCAGGUAUGCCUCGUAUCCUUAUAUUGCGGGCUUUAGCCCUGUCUUCCAGACCUGCCAGUCGCUGGCUCAUUUCGCCACAUUUCUUUUGUAGGGUAUGGAGCGUAGCCUCUGUGGCUGAUUGUGCCAGAUGUGUACCUCCUAGUUCUCCUUCCACUGCCUGGACACGGCCUGUCAGCUUAACGAUAUCCUCUCUUACCACUGCUAUGUCAGCUUGAAACAUGGCCUUGAGGUCCUGCAAUAAGGCUUUAAUAUCUGCCUUGGUUGAAGGGGCAGCGUCCCCAAGUCCCACAUACUGGGAUUGUGUGUUCAUCGUGGCUGGUAUCAUGGCAGAGAAAUCCUCCUCUGGUGUGUUCUCGGCUUCCGACGAAGCCGUGGAGUAGGCCGUGGUCGACGCCAUCUUGGGCUGCACGGGGUACUGCGACUGUUUGAAUAAAUUGCCUAUAUCUCGGCAGCCGAUUCCAGGAUCCGCUCGCUGCUUUUUGGAGCGGCGCCCCAUGUUCCCAGGACCCAGUGGAGCUCGUUUUGGGCUUUGUGUGUGCCCAGUGGGUAGGUACAUUCGCCGUUUAAUCAGCCGGCGGCUCGGAGCUUGCAGAGGAUGCGACCGUCUCGCUUGGGCGCUGGCUCCGCCCCCCCCCAUACUCUAUAUUCUAAUGUGAAAUGAAUUAGAAAUAUAUUUACAUUGUAAUGCAAGGUAAAUUGAGGUAAAUAAUGACCAAGACUGACAAUGUCAAAGCUUGACUAAAGUGCCACCUUUUUGUCAACCUGCAUGUUAUACAUAAGGAAAAGUAGUCACUACGUUUCCUUAUGUAUAACUUUAGAAAUAAGUAUACUUUAAAGCUGCUUUGUCACCAUAAACUUACCUUGUUUCAAUCUGUUCCUCUGCUUUUCCUCACUCCUUAUCCAUUCUUCCUUUCUUGUCGAAUUUAUAAGGCAAAGUAUGCAUUUCUUUUUUUUACCUCUUGACAAAAUGUGGAGCUAAAUCUCUCAAGAUUUAUGAAUUUUCCCAGCCAGGGAAAUACAGCUUUUCCUUACUCAUUGUAAGACCAUAUCUAUGGAAUCUCACAAGGGAUUCUCCAUUAACAGUAGUGCUAUACUCACACAUGCACAAGAGCACAGCACUGACGUGGGCUCCUGGUGGAUGUAGUGCCAGAGGCUGAAGAAAGAAGAUGGCGGUGCCUGUGGGGGCAGCUUUAGGUAAUUACAUCUAACCAAGCAAAGUAUGCAAAGAAAGUGACCGUCCCUUUAAAGAGGGGUGAGAAAAAACAAACUAGGUGGAUGGAGCUGUUUGGACAUGUCAAAACAUAAAUAAAUGACAGCCACUUCACAUAAAAUAUUGCAAACAAAGAACUACAAAAAACAUCAAAUAUGUGUUACAGCAAGUAAAAGUAAAUUCACUGUCCAUUAUCUGUCCACUUUUUUGUAGUUCUUGGCCGUGGAAUUUAGUCAUGUUGUCUAUGAAAUAAUCAGCAACUUGAAAUUGUCAGUCAUCUGGGAUACCUGGCAAAUUAAUAAAUAAAUAAAUUCCCCUUUUUAUUUAGGAAACCUCAACAUAUUCCUACGUAACAAAAUAUAAGAAAAUUAUGACAAAUUUUAGGUUAUGAGAAUAGGACCUCACUCAAAUGAGCUUACAAUGGAAAUGUUGAUGCUGUCAUGCUAUAUAUUGACGUUGUUUAGAGAAAACUAAAUGUCUAAAUUACCUUUUUGCUUAUUUUAUGGAAGUGGCAAUUAUGAAAUCUUUGUGGAUAUUCUUGAAAAUAGUUCUUGUCACAUGUUCAUCCUCACCUUGUGGUGUUUGUAAUGGCCAAUGCCUUUCUGGCAUUAACGGAGGUGGUGUUCAGCAGCCCUGUGCCGGUGUAUCUGACUCCUGCGGCAUGUUGAAGGACGCCAGCCGCUACUGAUCCAUUCCAAUUUGUAACCCUACGUCCGCCCACGGUAUUGACGGCGUGCUUGUGAUGUCACGCAAAGGACGCGCACGCACGUUCUGGGGUCAAAGGCCGGGUAUAGGCUAAUGGAUCUGAAGGAGACUUAUUUAAACUCCCUUUUCUUUUUCUUCAUUGCCCUGUCGUGGUUUCUCUUAGUAGGUUAUCCGAGAGUGUUUCUGAGCGUUUAUUUUUUGUUAUUGACUUUGACUUAAUUUGACUUCCCUGUAUUCUUGACUUUUGGCUUUCCCUCAUUGUUGUCUCAUUUUGUGUCCCCGACCUCGACAAGCAUUCUGACUAUUCACUGCUAUGUUUAGUCCGGCCAUUCUAAGACCUGGUAAGACAUUACCUUUAGUCCUAGGUGUGAAAAAGUUUUGCGUGCUGGAUCAACUAGUAUUCUGACAGUUCUAUAUUGAAUUUGCUUGCGGUUUUCAGUUUCUGAUUGGACACCGCUACUCUACUUGGAAAAGAACUAAAAAUAUACAGGGUGACCUUUUCUGGAUCAUUUGCAAAAUUCAAUAGCUGUGAUUCUUGUUCAGUGCUUCUUCAAAUGAAACUUACACAAAAUUGUGCUCACUGGGAGAUUGUCGUAUUUUAUUUCAUAACUGUUAAUAAUUUUAUGUUAAAACAAUAGACUUCUCAUUCCUUUUUUUUAUUUUGUUUUGUUUUCCUGCCUUUACUGUUCCUCCAACGUCUUUCUGCUCUUUGCUCCUCCCACAGCAAAUAGUACAUGAUCAUCCCUGUAUCCGUGCUACAUUUUUUAUUUUAUUUUUUUACAGAAUUGUUUAAAAAAAAUUAUACAACAAACUUUUCUCUAUAAGACAUGCUGAAUCAUAAUGUCCUUAAAGGACCGCUAUAGGCACCCAGACCACUUCAGCUUAAUGAAGUGGUCUGGGUGCCAGGUCUAGCUCGUUAACCCUGUCUGCUGUAAGCAUAGCAGUUUCAGAGAAACUGCUAUGUUUACAUUUGUAUUAAUCCAGCCUCUAGUGGCUGUCUCAUUGACAGUUGCUAGAGGCGUGUCCGCUCUUCUCACUGUGAUUUUCAGUGAGAAGACGCCAGUGUCCAUAGGAAAGCAUUGAGAAAUGCUUUCCUAUGGACUGACUGCGCACGCAGCUCUUGCCACGCAUGCGCAUUCAGCGUAUGACGUCGGAAGAGGGAGGAGAGUCAUCAGCUCAGAGGGAGCCCGGCGCAGGAGAAAGGUAAGAAUUUAACCCCUUCCUUCCCCUUCAGCUCGGUGGGAGGGGGACCCAGAGGGUGGAGGGACCUAAAGACCCUAUAGAACCAGGAAAAUGAGUUUGUUUUCCUGGCACUGUAGCGGUCCUUUAAUAAUGUACCAAAACAUAUUUCCCACUUUGUUCUUGUACACCACUGUCACAAACUGCAACCAUUCAGUUAGAGCGUAGGCACUCAGAGCCAGUUAAGUAGUCCAAUCAAAGGCUUGUCUGUGAGAAACCUUUGGCUGGACCUUCACACAGCUCCUGUGAUGUCACAAGGAGCUUCACUUGAUGCUGGAUUCAAGGCAAGUAAAACUUAUUGUCACGGCUGCUAGUGUGGUCCAACACGCAGAAACUAUGUAAACCAAAAAAAGUGGAGUAACUCUGGAAAGGCCAACCCAAUGAAAGUACCCUCGGAGAAUGGUUUAGAGCAACAGCUAUUUGUAAAUGUGCAGCUCUAAACCAGAACCUGAGAUUUGUCAAUUAAGCAUUUGGAUAUCUCCGUUCUGGCUGCCUGAUAUCCGUGUUGUACAUGUAGAGGCCAUAUUCUCCACUGCCACAACUUUGGCUGAACUCUUCCUUGCCACAUGUCCCGGUUUACUUAACAGUGAACUGACUGUUUGUAAACUGAUAAAUCAUGCUAUCCAUUUACAGAGAAGAAACAUUAAAUGUUGUCUAUGGGUUGUAUGUCAAUUAAAAUAAACCCUACAGUAACUGCAACUUCAGUUGCCUUAUUUACUCCUGCAAACACUAUUGAGUGAAGGAACAUGUAGAAGUGACAGUUCUACUCUCAGGUGUAUGAAAAAAUUCAUACAUUUUCAGUAAACCAAACAAAUCUCAAGUUUGUGGCAGGGUUUUUAAGUCUGCCUCCUCCUGAGUUGCAUUAAUAAUGCAAUGUCACUCAGACUGGAUGGCAUUUUUAGGUUGAGAGUACUGGUAACACUGACACCCAACUAUGCCAUUCACUGCCAUUUCAAAAGAGCAGUCUCAUGCCCCUCAAGCUAACAGGUGAAUGUCUACAGGUAAAUUACAUGUGUAGAAUGUUACAGCAAAAUUUUAUUUGUUGGAAGAAUACAUUGACCAGCAUCGGACCCUUUCCUUCAGGGCGCGAGACACACACACACUUUUAUGUAAGCAUACGAACCGUAUUUACUAAAAGGAUGUGACCUGCUGGUCAUAUGUCUUUUCUUUAAGCAUAGUAAGUGUAGAGGCCUAAAGUGGUUUUAGAACCUGGUAUUAAAUGGCAUAGUCGUAGCCCAGGAGUUACUUUUUUAGUGCUGUUUCCCUUUUCUCAUUGUCUCUAAAUGACUGCGUGAGAGAGUAAUUUGAGAAACCACCAUAGAACAUUGUGCUUUAGUGACAUCUAGUGGAUAUAAUCUAAGCAUGUAAACAAAUUAAGUACAGUAAUUAUUAGUAAUGUAGAGUUUGUAAUAUAAUGUAACAAAUGCAGAGAUUAUCCACUAAAAGUGAAACAACAAUGUAGUUUUAAGAUUAAAAUAGUAAAAUGUAGAUGCCAAAAGGACAGAGGCACCAUGCUGCACAUAUAUGGUGGCAAUGCAGAGAGAUCCAACAAUUCUGGCAACAAAUAGCAAACCUAAUCGCCAAAUACACAGGCUUCAAGCUACCACUAAAACCAGAAACAUACCUACUUCUCUUACUGCCACAGACACCACACAAACAUCAGAAAUAUCUCAUCUACCACAUCAUCGUAGCCGCGCUAACUAGUAUCAGUAGGAACUGGAAACAAACUACCUCCCCCACGAUCACCCAAUGUACCGCACUCAUAGACAGCAACAAAUCAUAUGAAAUCAUGGCCAGGAACACACGACACCCCCCAUACUGGCUCAGUGUGGGAAAUGUGGGGCAAAAACAAAUCAACCCCAUGAAGAGCACAGGCACACUUCACAAUAUAGAUCUACACCUCUCUGAGUAGAGGUCAAACAACGUCCCACCCGUGGCAUCCUGGUUUUAGGGGAUAUUCCCUAUUUCUUCUGGAUCUGUUAAUCAGAAUAAGUUGAGCCAUUAAACUGUCUGUGCCACUGGAGCAUACCGGUAAAGCCCACUCCCUUGCAGAAAAUGGGAGCUCGUCAGAGGAGAUAUUUUGAUUACCCCAGACAAAAGACCCCACCUAUACUUUGUGUCAGGUCAUUUCUUUGUCAACCUAGAGCAAUAGUAGGCAACCUUUUGGCAUUCCAGAUGUUGUGGACUACAUUUCCUGUGAUGCUUUGCCAGUAUUAUGGUAGUGUCAGCAUUAUGGGAGAUAUAGUACCCAACAUUUGGAGUGCCGAUGGUUGCUUGACCUAGAGUGUAAAUUUGUUGAGCUCUGUGCUUUGUAUUUUGUAUAAAUUAUGGUCAUUUCAGCAGCACAAUUUUUAAACCAUACAUGCUCUAUUGCUUCCCAUGAAUGUUUUCGUUUUCCUUAAAAAUCAGGGGAAUGAUUUUAAUUGUAAUUAAUUCCCUUUGUAAAUUAUAGCGGGAAAGAUAAAAAAAAAGAAAAAAAGAAAAAACUUUUCUGCUUAGGAACACCUCUAGUGAUUGUGAAGCUUCCAACUGGAGAGUCUAUUCCUGAUGAAGAGGUCUAUUAAAGUGACACUAUAGUCACCAGAACAACUAUAGCUUAUAGUAGUUGUUCUGUUGUGUAUAGCCUGUCACUGCAGGCUUAAACUCUGCCUUUUCAGAGAACAACUUCUUGACACUACUGCCCAAGGACACCUCCAGGCAGCCACUAGAGGUGCUUCCUGGAUCAGUGUGCAGCACGGACAUUCAGCAUUCCCACGCUCUGUGUGGAGGUGCCGAACGUUUCCUAGAUAGAUGCAUUGGAAAAAUUCAUAUGGGGAAGCAUUGCAUUGACUGAGAUUGUCAAGUUUGAUCUUAGCCAAGGAGAUGGUGCUGAAAUAAAGAUACGUUUAAAUACCUUUUAUUUUACUAGCAGGGGAUCUAAAUUUCGCUCUUAGAACUAUGGUGUUAAGAAUACAUGUUUGUAUUCCUGACACUACAGUGUUCCUUUAAAGGGACACUAUAGUAACCAGAAUGACUACAGCUUAUUGCAUUUGUUCUGGUGAGUAGAAUCAUUACCUUCAUGCUUUUGGCUGUAAAUACUGUCUUUUUCAAAGAAAAUGCAGUGUUUACAUUACAGCCUAGUGAUAAUUACACUGGCCACUCCUUAGAUGGCUGCUAAAGCUGCUUCCUUGGGCAGUGCUGCAGAGUAAGCAGCACUGUCAUUCAGUGUCUCCACCCUCCGCAUGCAGACACUGAACUUUCCUCAUAGAGAUGCAUUGAUUCAAUUAAUCUCUAUGAGGAGAUGCUGAUUGGCCAGGCCUGUGUUUUGACUUUUGCGGGCUCUGCCCCUGAUCUGCCUCCUUGACAGUCUCAGCCACUCCUAUGGGAAAGCACUGUGAUUGGCUCAGACCACCACUUCUGAUGAUGUCAGCAGACUGAGGCGCUUCACAGGCAAACUGUGGCAGAGCCAGGAGCUGCAGACUUGAAUACAAGUAAGAGUUUAGUGUAUUUGGGGAGGCAAGAUGGGGCCAGGGGGGAUAGAUGGUGGUGGUCAGGAAUACAUGUUUGUGUUCCUGACCCUAUAGUGCUCCUUUAAGUUUUUAAGCUGCAGUAGCUUGGUCUUCCAGCAGGGUUGGCUCAUCUGUCAUUCUUUUGAUGUUGAGAAAAUGGGUGCUAUUAAAACUACACUGACCACAAGAUGUAUAUUUGAAUGCUUUUCUUAAUUUAAAAAAAAAUUAUUAUUAUUAUUAUUAAUAUUGUGUUACCAUACCAUCACUGUAUCUAAAAUAACUUGAAACAGAAACUUAAGGUGUUAUGGAAAAAGUUUCACACGUUUAUCACAGUCUUGCGGCUUGUACAAUGGUUAGAUAGUUUACUAAAUUAUUCUGUCACUACACUAAUACUUUAAAAUUAAGUUCAUUUUAUAGGUUGUUGUUUAUAGUAUUUAAUUACUAAUAUUAUUCUUUUAUACUUUCUGCAGGAGUCCAGCUGUUUCUCAGAUGCAAUGCAGUCCUUCCGGGAGCAAAGCAAUUAUCAUGGCAGUCAGCAGACAUAUCCCCCUGAAGCUCACGGAUCAUCGAGAUUGGAAGAAUAUAGCCCACGACAGCAAGCUCAGAUUUUCCAGAGUAGCUUUGGAGGACGACGAGGAGGAGCAGGGACUCCUGUGGCAAUCCCACCUGGGGAGAAUGCCAACCUGCAGAAUUAUCAGGCAUAUCGCAAAGAAUCAGGUGACUUCUACUACCUAAGUAGCAAAGAAGGAGCCCCUUCUGGGAGCCAGACACCACAGCGUCGGCCAGCUGGGCCUGUCCAGAGUUAUGGUCCUCCACAAGGAAACAGUAGUGGCAGCAGUAGUAGCAGUACCACAGGGUUUGGAACUCACUAUGGUAGAGAAGUACAUCACAGCCAGUUUGCAGGCCAACAUCCAGCAUCAGGGACCCUGUCCCAGUAUUCACAAGAAUUUACAGGAUCUUUUUCUCCUUCUGGAGGCCAAUACCCAACACAUGUUUCCAGUCAACAGCUAAGACAUCAGAUUUAUCAGUCACAUCAACCUCUUUCACAAACUGGCAAUCCACCUGCAACUGCAGGCACUCCACAUCUGCAGCAGGUGCAACGCUCUGCAAAUAUCAGCUCUCCCACUGGAUAUCAGUUACGUAUGGGACAGUUUGGACAACACUACCAGACCUCUUCAAGUUCAUCUUCCAGCUCCUUCCCUAAUGCUCAAAGAUUUGGACAGUCUGGGGCAGGAUAUGAGGGUUAUAGUCCUGGAGGCACCAAUUCUCCAUAUGAGAGCCACAUCCCUGGGUCACAAUAUAGUACACAACAAGCGUAUAGCAGUUAUACCAGUCAGCACUUAAAAGGUUUUGAGGCUUCUAAAGUGCCUCAGAGUGUAGGAGGACAACAGCAACAACCUCCUCAUAUCAUGCAGUACUCAAACACCUCCAAAAUACCUUUACAAAGCCAAGGUGGCCAAUACACCCAGUCAGAGGUUCCUGUGCGAUCUCCUAUGCAGUUUCAGCAAAAUUUUAGUCCAAUUUCUAACCCAUCUCCAGCAGCUUCAGUAGUGCAAUCACCUAGCUGCAGUUCCACACCAUCACCUUUGAUGACCAGUGGGGAUAAUAUCCAGUGUAGUCAAGGCAGUGUUCCACUUUCAUCCAGAAACCGUAUAUUGCAAAUGAUGCCACAGCUGAGUCCUAAUCCCAAUGCAGGAGGAUUCAAAAGCUUUGGAGUAGAAGGAACCUCUGAUAAGCGAUUGUCAGAUCCGGGUUUGAGCAGUCUUAGUGCUCUAAGUAGCCAAGUAGCCAAUUUGCCCAACACAGUUCAGCACAUGCUUCUUUCUGAUGCCUUGGUACCUCACAAGAAGAGCAGCAAGCGAACAUCAAGAAAAACAGACAGCUGUGCCAACUCAGAAACUUCUUCCCAAGCUGAGGAGCAUCUAAAAUCUCCUUUGGCAGAGUCCUUGGAUGGCAGCUGCUCUAGUAGUUCUGGAGAUCCAGGUGAAAGAGUGAGGCAACUCAGCGGUCAAAGUACUAGCUCAGAAACUGGAUAUAAAGCACCAUCUGCAGAAAAACUACCUUCACCUGUUCAAGUGUGGCAAAAGGAGCCUCCAGCUAAAACACCAGUUCAAGAAAUGGAAAAUGAUCCUGAAACUACAGAGGGAUUUACAGAAGUUUCCAAGCCAAACGAAAAGACUGUGGGUGUUAUAGUUUCUAUGGAAACAGUGGCAAAUAGAUCUGAAAAGACAGUUGAUGAUAUUCCAACUCCUCCCAAUGAUGAUGUUGAAACUGUAUUGGAGAAUGAGGUUCCUGAAAUAAGUAAAGAUGAAAAUGUUAGUGAUUGUACUACAAGCCAAAAUGGAGACCAGAACGUUGCUGAUUCUAAUGCACUAUCUAAUACACCAGCUGUUGGUCCACAAGCAGACGAUUCUAAAUCUCCUAUAGGGUCUGGAUACAACGUAAAGGAAGGAUCCACAGGAUCUAGAAAUGCUAGCAACUUGCCACAAAAUCUCAAAAACAUAGAUUCUGUAAGCUUUAGUGGGCAGUGUGACCGUAAACCAGGUACAGGCAGAAGUGAAAAAUUCCCCAGUCUUUUGCAGGAGGUCCUACAAGGACACCAUCAGCAGGAGAGAAGGUAUGCAAGAAGUACACAAGAGCCUCUAGCAGUAACUACAAAUGCAGAAGUGUCCUUAAGGCCAAAUAUACUCAUGAGUCAAACAAAUGAGCUACCAAACCGCAGUAUCCUUGGCAAGACACUAGCUCCUCAGUUAGAAACUCCGCAUUGGGGCCCAUGGGAUAGAAAGUCAGCACCUGAUGUUAAACAGAUAAACCUGGCUGAUUAUCCUGUAACCAGAAAAUUUGAUGUGGAGUCAUCGGGAUCCUGUCAUGAAUCAGUGCCCUCUGAAAGAAGGUCUGUUAUCUGUGAUAUCUCGCCGCUGAGGCAACUAGUGAGAGACUCCACUACAGCUCACCAUGUUGGCACUGGUCAAGAGAGACCAGACGGUAGACCUGGGCAGUCUGUAAUUUUACCAAGUGGAAUAAUUUCUUUGGAUGUUAAAUCAAGCACCCAAGUUGGAACACCUAAAAUGGAAGAUCUUGAUACAUCAAAAAUGAACAGAAAACGAACUGGAGAUCACUGCCUGCCAUACAGCACCAAAGAUUCUGCUAGGAGCAAAGAAUCUGCCAGUCCAAGAUCCAUGACCUAUGAUCCCAAUCAGGAAUAUAGUUCACAGAGCCGGACCACGCACUCAAGAAGGGGAACUGGGAGAGUAGGGUCCCGAGGGAGGUCACCUGCACACUCUCAGGACCUGGGUGACAAACUUAAAUUGUCUCCAGGAAGAAGUAGAGGUCCAGCAGAUGUGCAUCAUGUAAAUCCAACAAUGAGUUUUUCAGAGAGAGCAAGCAGAGAAGCCUUCUACUCUGCUUUCUUCCAGAAUACAGAUAGCACUUCUAUUGGUUAUCAUACAAACUCCAGAUCAAGCGCUUAUGGGGAGCCUCACCCAGCCUUCACUUCUCCCCUGCACUACAAGAGACAAAUGUAUCCACAGGAGGAAUAUAAGGAGUGGCUUGGAAAUUCUGCACAAGCUAUCCUUUCUGCUUCUCAACAUCGUCAGGAAAUGCAGCGUAAAAGCCCUAGACAAGAGCCAUUUCAUGUACGUAGUCCUGGUAGGAGUGAGAAUGAAGGGAUAAAUUACAACCAGACUGUUUCAUAUCAUGAUCACAGUAACGUGGACUUUAAUCGUUCACUUCGUAUGGGUGAAGGAGGAACCAACAGUAUGGCAACAUUAGAUCUAAAACGCAGUAGUCAAAAGACUCCACAAGGUGAGAAUUCAAACUGGAACCUGACUCGACAAGCGUCGCCAGUCAAGAAAAUUGGAUCACCUACAGGAGCAAGUCAAAAGCCUUUUAGUCCUAUUAGGGAAACUGAUUCUCACGGAUCCAGACCAGGAGAUUCUGCUGAUACAUCCAAAACUGGAUGUAAUGCUCCUCGACCAUUGGGACCUGAUGAACAAUCACACCAAAAUCCUCUAAUUAUGAGGAGAAGAGUGCGUUCUUUUAUCUCCCCAAUUCCCAGCAAAAGGCAGUUGGCUGAUGAUAAAGGUCGUCCUCCUUCAUGUCCUUCAAAAGAAGCAUGUGACAAAACUGCUAUCACUCAUGUGUUCUCUUCAAGGGUGAAAGAGAGUGAGUUUUCUCCUGUGACUGAAGAGCUAGCCAAAAGCAGCACUGAAGAGAGGAGUCCACCAGCUGUGUCACUUUCAAGCCCAACAAAGACCAAAAUCCUUCCUCCACGAAAAGGAAGAGGACUAAAAUUGGAAGCCAUAGUACAGAAGAUCACUUCACCGAAUGUUCGAAGGACUUCUGCUCCAAGUAGUGCAGAUUGUGCGGUUGAAUCUGUAACACUUGAUGAUAUUCUUUCACUUAAGAGCAAAUUUCCAGAAGGUGGAAGUGGAUCACUUCAGGAACCAAAUGAACGUUUAGAUGAAGUGAUUCUCGGUGUUCCCUGUACUGAAGACACAAAAGUCAAGGGUCUCUCUCCCAAGUCCAUUGAGGCUUGGAUUAUCCAGGAUGACAAAAAGAUUAAAAAAGAAACUGAUGACCAGUUCAUGGAAACCAAAGACUUUAUACAGUCUGGAGCACCAAUACCACAAGAUACAAACCAUUAUAUUGAGGAUAUAGGUUCAUCUCAACCUUUAGAACAGAAAUGUUCUCUGCCCUUAAUACAGCAGCAUGUCGUUCCAGAUCAGCAAAAUAUGGCUUCUACGCCUUGUCCUGUAACCCCAAAACAAGAACUUACACCACCGAAAGGCUACUUCCCAUCUGGAAAAAAGAAAGGACGUCCCAUUGGUAGUGUUAAUAAGCAAAAAAAGCAGCAACAGCAGCAGCAGCAGCAGCAACAACAACAACAACCGUUAUUACAAGAACUAGUGCCAGCAGCCCCUGCCACAUUGUCUUUGCCUUUGAGUUCUCCCUUGCAACCGCAGACUAUAUUGGAGCAGGGUGCAGAGGCAGAACCCAAACCGAAAAGGAGGAGAAGAGAAGGAAGGAAGCCUGCUGGCACACCAAGGAGAAGAAGGGGAAAGCAAUCAGCACCCAUAGUUGUUCCCAUAGAACCUGAGAUUAAGCUGAAAUAUGCCAGUCAAACAGUAGACAAAAGUGAAACUAAAGCAAAAUCUUUUUUCCCUUACAUUCAUGUGGAAAAUAAAGAAGAGCUAGGCUUGGCAUGUGUAAUAAUUAAUGCAGAAGAGGAGGAGCAGCGUUGGAAAAAACUGACCUCUACACGCAAGGGUCAAAGGGCAACAUCGCCACAACCCAGCAGUGAAAGCAAAGCACUCCCUGCCUCAAGUUUCAUGGUUCAAGGGCCAGCAGUUACAGAGUCUACAUCUAUGGGUCCUCUUGUUUGCUGCUUUUGUGGGAAGUGGGCUAACUACAGGAACCUUGGAGACUUGUUUGGUCCUUUCUAUACUCAAGAAUUUGCUUCAACCCUAUCAAAAAAUCCACCACCCAAAAAAACAUCAGAAAUUCCCAGCACAGUCAAGGUUCGGCACAAAGACACAUCAGAUGGUUCCAAGACAGAUUCCGAGGAAGAAGAGGAAGAGGAACCGCAACAGGCACGUGAACAACGAAGCUUAUCUUCUCACCCUCGCUAUAAAAGACGGAAUCGUUCAGGAGAUUGUGCUUCCUCCAGACUUUCACUACCUUCUUGUCGUAAGAUUUCUGACCCUUGUGAACUGACCUCUGUUGACUCUAGUGUUGCAGCCCCCACAGCAGAUGGACUCCCUGAGCAAGGGUUUCAGGUUCCCCAACUACCUCUCGACAGCAAUGAAUUCUGGAUGCACGAGGGGUGUGUCCUAUGGGCCAGUGGUGUCUACUUUGUUUGUGGCCGGUUAUACGGUUUACAGGAAGCUAUUGACAUUGCUAGAGAUAUGGUGAGUAAAUCGUGACUAUGAAAUGUUUUUACAAUAAUUCAUAUAAUGAAUUUUCAAAGUUACACUGUACCUCAUAACAUAUUAAUAAAUAAAUAGCUAGGCUUUGUUGGGGGAAAGUAUAUCCUACCUCUAGUACUGGCAACAUUUUGUGUUACAUAGUUGCCUGCAGCAUUAUCAUUUCAAGAUCUAUAUUGAAUUGUAUUAAAAAUAUCUUAAUGUGGAACUUUCACUAGUGAGGUCUAUGCAUUUAUUUAUUGAUUGUUUUAUUUACUUAACUGUCCCGUCUCCAUUGUGACAUCAUCUUAUUCAACCAGGUCUCUAGCUUGUUACCUGUUACAUUUGCCAAGAGCUGUGUCAGUGGUGUACUUUAGUGCAUGUUCAAGAAUACAAAAUGAGGGUGCAUGGUUAAGACAGUGUGUUCUAAACAUGAUAUUGCCAUUGAGCAUUAAUAGGACUUGUCUUCUGUACAAGAAAGUGUUUGUGCCCAUAUGUUUGCCCUUUGCCACAUUUUUGCCAUAAAACCAUGUAAGUCCCUACUUUUUUAUGGUAACCUAUGAUAACCUUGACAUUCCAAAAGUGUUUUUUUUUUUUUUUUUUACACCAAGAUUAUAUAGUUAUGAAAUCUCAAGUGAUCGUAAAGCACUUCCGCUUCUGUUUUAUGAAUCUGGAGCCUGUCAAAUAUGCAACUGUUGAUAAAAGUGUAGAUUUUAAAUAGAAAUAAACACUUUUGUAAAACUUUGCCUAAAUGCCUCCCCAGCUGGUAAUCAGGCAGCUUUGCGUGUAUUCUUACAUAUUCGUAAACUAGCGGAAGUGGCGCGCAAGAUAGGCUAGUAGGUGCCUGCCUCCACCCUUCUCAGUGAUCUGUUCUAGAGCUCAAUAAUAAGUAUAGGAAAGCUGCGAUCACACACACGCAGCUCCAGCACUGAGGCUUUUUCGAUGAUCAGCCUCUGAUUGGGGUUUUCCUGGCACCUACUGAAAGUCUGUGACGAGGAAAGAGAGGAGGGCUAAUAAAAACUGCAGGCAGCAGGCCUGCAGCUUAUGCAAGCUGUGUCUUCAUAUAAAAAAAAUAAACAAUACAUGCAUGUUUUCUUUGGGGUAGAUCUACUAAAAUCUGUGCUGGGGAGACCAUAGAGACUGUUGGUUUUCAAACACUGUCCAACCAAAUGUUGGAUUCUGGAUUCUACUAUGCUCCUAGCAUUCUGUCUUUUAAUAUUGUUAGGGAUGAGUGUGUUUUUUUUUUUCAUUUUUACAAAUACUUGAUUUGAAAAUAUUUUCUUUCACUACUUAAUGAAAGGAUUAUCCUAAAAAUAUUUUUGAGAUAAUUGUCCCUUUAAUCAUAUCCUUAUUCAUACCUUCAGCAGCUCUAAGAUACCAAAUCAAUUGUACACUUGUUGAAAAGUUGCAUACUAUAUGAUUAAAAUUGACCACAAGGAAUUAAAAUGCUUUACCCAAUUACUCAAAAAAAAAAAAAUUAAAAUACUUGGCUUGCUACGAACAUCUACUAUCUAAAAUAUCUAAUUCAUUCAGAGGCCCUGAAUGUGUUAAGUAAUUAUGAAUCUAUUAUCUUAUAUUAUAUAAAGGGACACUAUAGUCACCCAGAUCACUUCAUCUUAAUGAAAUGGUCUGGGUGCAGUGACCCUGUCUUUUUAACUUUCCAAUGUAAAACAUAGUUUUGUAGAAACUGCAAUGUUUACAUUUCAGCAUUAAAUCCAUAUCUUCUGACUGUCUAGAGUUGCUUUUGCAGUAGAGGACUGAGCCAAGUAUAAAUACAAAAUAUGCGCCUUAUUCUACCCCAGGGCUUCGGAGGUGCUCUUUGAAUGUUAAUUUGUAUUUCAAAUUAAAGUGUACCUGUCGUGCCAGGUACAACUCAUGCUAUUUUUUGCUGAAUAUAACAGUGACAGAAGCAGACAGAUGUCAAACAUAAAAUACAAAAAUAUGGCAUUUCAAAUUGAACACAGUUCUGUUUUGUUUUUGUUUUAGAGGUGGGAAAACUAAACUGCUGUCCAAGGUGAUACACACCAAUUUGCUCAGUCAAGAAAAAUACCUUAUACCAGUGGUUCCUAAACGUUUUAGGUCCAAGGUGCCAUUAAUAUUUCAAUAUUUUUCCAAGGCACUCAAAUUCUAAAUUUCUAGGUUGUAGAUCUGUACAGCGCCGCAGCAAUUACUGGUGCUAUAGUGUAAUGUGCAGUGUUUGUGUUUGAAGGGGUGCUUGUAUAUAGUUUGUGUUUUAAUACAGGGGUCUGUUUGUGUGUAAUGUUUGCGUUUUAUUGCAGGGGUGUGUCUGAAUGUAAUGUUCACUUUUAAAUGCGGAUGUACAUUUGUGUGACGUUUUUGUGUUUGAGUAAAGGUGUGUGUUUGUAUAUUUUUUGGGGGGGUUUGUAUGUAAUAUGUGUUAGAUUGCAGGAGUGUGCUUGUAUCUUGUGCCGGUGUUUGACUGCUUGAAUGUAUGCACAUACACUACCAUAUACAUACAAACGUAUACAGAUAUUCAUGCACAUUACCACACAGAUACGUAUAAAUACACCGACACAUACAUACAUAGAUACAGACUGACAUAUAUACACACACGCGCGCGCACACGGAUAUACAUAUUUGUUUGUGUAGUGUCUGUAUUUCUGUAGGUGUGUAAUUUGGAAGGAGGGGGCAUUUUUUAUUUAGCUUUUAAAAAACUAUUUAUUUUUUGUCCCCUUGUUACCUGGCCAGGGAGGGGGGGAUAUGGUAUUCGCUGGUGGUCCGGUGGCAACGACUCCGCUGAGGGGUUCGCAGCAAGCUCUUACCUUCCCAACAGCUCCCCUGUCUAACUCUCGCGACCAGCAUGCUGCGCGGAGCGUUGCCAUGGUAACCCGUGGGACUCGUGAGAUUUACACAGGGGAGCUGCUGGGAAGGUAAGUAAGAGUUUGCUGUGGGCCCUCCAAGGUCAUGGGCCCGGCGGUCCUGGUAUGUAUUAUCGGCAAUAUCGGUAUCUCUAUAGGCCAAUACCGAUAUUGCCGAAAAUACAGAAUAUCGUCCAGACCGAUAAUCGGUCGAUCCCUACUAGAUAAUAACAUAACACCGCAAGUUUCCACAUCUGUAACCAGCUAGUAUGUAUUUAAAUACAAUACAACACAACAUUGGUUGCCAAAAUAAAUAUUGCUGUUAAACCGUAGGUUCUCUGACCUUAUUUUUGGAUAAGGUAUAAUGCAACCUAUGUCUACCAUUUUUUCAGAUUGCAAGUAAUUUUGACUGGCAAUUCAUUUUAUAGGAAUUUUUUUGAUGGCAUUAAGCAAUGGAGAAGCAACAAUUUGUAAUACAUCUUUGUUCAUUAACCCAACUUAAGAUAACUGAUGUAUGUGGCCAAGUAUGGUAGGUUGGAUGUGGCAGGUAGAGCAGGAAAUGAUAUGAUGUGUAUGGUAGGCAGUUUGUUUGUAUAAAUAAUUUAGACCACACAAUAAACACUCAUUUUAUGAACUUUUCAAUGGAUUAAGGAUAAAGGGCCGAUGUCCCUCUGCCCAGUUCUCUGGAACUGCAAUGUUUUACAGGGACACAGCACCCUGACCACUUCAUUGAGCUCAAGUGCUCUGGGUGCUUACAGUGUCCCUUUAAUGUAAAGCUUAUGGGGCUUACUACUAUAGAUUAGAUUAUAUCAUUAAAUAAAUAAAGUUUAACCUUUUAUGUAAAAUUUAAGUUUAUUAACUACCAUAUUGCCUUAGAUGACCUGACAGCCUUUUAUUUAAUACCAUCCUUCCUCAGAACUUAAAGGUCCACUAGAGUGCCAGGAAACUCUAUAGGGUUAUUAGGUGUACCCCCCCAGCCCCCCUCGGAGCCUGCCUCCUGCUGGGAUGAAGGGGUUAAAACCACUUCAGCCACUUACCUUAAUACAGCGCCGGGCUCCCUCGGCACUGGUGACCUCUCCUCUAUCUGCCGAUGUCAGCUCCGAAUGCACAUGCGCGGCCAGAGAUGCGCGCGCAUUCAAACUACUCAUAGGAAAGCAUUACUCAAUGCUUUCCUAUGGACGUCCAGCGUGAGUUCACUGUGAUUUUCACAUUGAGGAUCGCAGAAGCGGCCUCUAGUGGCUGUCAGGGAGACAGCCACUAGAGGCUGGAUUAACCCUCAAUGUAAACAUAGCAGUUUCUCUGAAACUGCUAUGUUUUCAACUACAAGGUUAAAACUAGGGGACCUUGCACCCAAACCACAUUGAGCCUAAGUGGUCUGGGUGCCUAUAGUGGAUUUUAACCCCUUUAACCCUGUGGAUGAUUUUGCCUCCAAUUCUUAGCAACAAUAAAAUAAAUGAAGGGAAGAAGGGCGGGGGUAUGUGCGCGCUUGUUAUUGAUUCGCACUCCUGCAAUCUAUCCACUCUUAGUUUCUAGCGCUUUUUUUUGCUGAUGACCUGCACCUGAUCCCAGAGCAGCUACUGUCCCUAGCAACAACAAUGUCAUCUUCUGCCAAGAUACCUGUCUAACUAACAAAAUUCUAAAACUUUCCUACAUUCUGAUUCAAGGCAUUUAUUUUAGUGAUAUUGCUUCCAUGCCUAUUGGAUAACAUUGGGGUGGGGUUAUUUUUUUACUGCCAUUCAUAUAGCACUAACUUAUUCCGCAACGCUUUGCAGUUUUAUAUAAGGUGAUUUAUAAGUUUCAAGGAUAAAUCCUCCUUUAAUUAUGUUCAGGAGAACCCAAAUCAAUUCAAGCGCUUGGAGAAGCAAUAAGGCACACGACAAGUGAUAGCUUUGAAUCCAGAAGAAUUGCUUCUAGCUUUAAUUGGGGGAGAUCAUCUUGUAAAUACAAUGUAAGAAGAGGCAUAUUUCUAAAUGUCAAAAGAUAUAAAUAAUAAUAAGCAGUUUACAGAAGUACUCCAGUGGGGGCUAGUUUUUGUAAGAAAGAGAACUUAAAGUUAAUUUACACAUAAAGCAUAUCAUGAUCCAAGUUAGCCAAUUUUAAUAGACUGGACCAAUUGGCAUCGGUAGCUUGAGCCUUGGAAUCAAGGUGCAUUCCUUCACAUAAGCAAAUGAACCAAACUACUACAAAUGUUGACUUGUUUAAGAGGUAAAUGAGGAUUCUGCUUGAUUGAGUUUACAUUCCACAAGGUCCACUAAAUUAGCCACCAAAUCUACUUGGUGGCUCAAGUUCUUAAAUGAAUCUCAAGACCGGUUGUUACAAUGCCUCAUGAUUUAAAAAAAAAAAAAGAGAAAAUUUUUAGUUCUAAAAAAAUAAAUUAAAAAAUAACCAUACAAUGUGAAAUACAGUUUCAUCUACAACAGUUUACCAGAUGCCUCUAAAAUGAAAGGUUCAUGAGUUUUUUCUUUUGUGCGUUUUUUUUUUUUUUUUUUUCUCCACUCAUUAUUAUAGUGGCUACAACUCUGUGGAAUCUUUUAGCCCCUCCUCCGACAUUACUUUCAAUAAUAACAUACAUGCAAAUUUAUGUAAUUGGACCAAAGCUGAUGAGGCUUUGACUCACUGUUGUACUCUUGAUUGCCCUGGGUACACUCUUUGAACUACCAUGGUGGAGCACCCUAACCAUAUAAAUGUAUUUAGUUUCAGUUGUGCAGGCAACCAUAGUGCUUUCCACACUCCUGUGUUUAGUCGGGGUUCCUGAAGCAUUCUUUAUAUAACACCCUCAUCCCUUUCUGAGUUUGGUACACCACACUGCUACAAGGAAAGCUGUGACCGUAUACUUCUGGUGUAGUCUGGAGACUGGCAACUUCCUUGCAACUUAUGUGAGUGACUCUGGGAUAUCCUUUGAUCUCUUCAGACCUUUGCUUGGCAGUAGGGUAACAGUAAGAAUGCAAGUAUCCCAUUAUUGGGUUUGCAUGGAUUUUUGAGACCUUUGUUCUACAGAGGACGCAUUUGCUUUUAUUGGCCAUUUGGAGCAUCCCAUUCCUCAGGAUUAGCAGCAGUUGUUUGAAUGUUUUAUAUCACAAGCUUGAUGCCAAACCACUUCAUUUCCAUUUGUAAAUUACAAAUUGUCAUAAGCUUAUUAUUAAUUUGAUUGAUCUUGUUGAACUAUAUUCAUUAAAAAAAAUAAAAAAUAAAUGUAAGUGUUAUAUUAUUCAUAUCUUUCUUUUUCUUAGAAAUGUAGUCACUGCCAGGAGACUGGUGCCACCCUGGGCUGCUACAACAAGGGUUGUGCUUGCUGCUAUCAUUUUCCAUGUGCCAUGGAUUCAGGUAAGAAAAUUUCAGAUUACUGUAGCGUCUUUUUCCAUAGGCAUCAAAGUAGAGAUUCAAUUUGUGAUAGUCAAGUGGUAAAUUGACAUAGAUGCUAGUUAUGUCCCAUUAACUUUAUAGACUCCUUAAAGGGACACAGGUACCCAGACUACUUCAGCCCAUUGAAGUGGUCUGGGUGCCAACUCCCAUCACCUUAACCCUGCAAGUGUAAAAACUGCAAUAAUUACCUUGCAGGGUUGAGCCCUCCUCUAGUGGCUGUUUACCAGACAUCCACUAGAUGGACUUCCAGGCUCUUAGACAACUUCUGGUCAUCUAAACGAUGCUGGAUGUCCUCAAGCUAUGCAUGAGGACCUCCAGCGUCACUGGAAUCCUCAUAGGAAAGGAAUGAAUAAUGCUUUCCUAUAGGGAGAUCCUAAUGCAGCCGCGGCCAUUGCCUCUCAUGCGCAUUAGGUCUCCCCUGUUGGCGGGGGAGGAGCACAGGCGGUGCCUGACCAAGCGCAGAGGGACAUCGGUGCUAGAUUCAGGUAAGUGACUGAAGUGGUUUAAACCCCCUCAUUAGAAUGCGGGAGGGAGGGAGGACUGUUUUCCUGGCACUACAGAAUCCCUUUGGUGGUUUGGUUAUUCAGUUACGGUCAGUGUUAAAGUAUAAAUUCAGUUAAAGGAUCACUAUAGUGUCAGGAAAACAAACUCAUUUUCCUGACACUAACAUCCUUAGGUCCCCCCACCCUCAGGGUCCCCCUCCCUUGGCGCUAAAGGGGUUAAAACACCUUCAGCCACUUACCUUUAUCCAGCGCCGGGCUCCCUCGGCGCUGGUGACCUCUCCUCCCCCGCCGACAUCAGCUCCCGAGUGGAGCGGAAUGCGCAUGCAUGGCAAGAGCUGCGUGCGAAUUCAAACAGUCCAUAGUAAAGCAUUUCUCAAUGCUUUCCUAUGGACGUUCUGCACGCUGGAUGCAAACUUCGCAUCCAGCAUCGCAGAUGCGCCUCUAGCAGCUGUCAGGAAGACAGCCGCUAGAGGUUGGAUUAACCCUGCAAUGUAAACAUAGCUGCUUCUCUGAAACGGCUAUGUUUACAUCUGAAGGGUUAAAACCUGGGGGUCCUGGCACCCAGACCACUUCGUUGAGCUAAAGUGGUCUGGGUGACUAUAGUGUCCCUUUAAUGCAAUUUUACUUUCUAUUGCUGCAUCUGCAAAUAGGGUUGUUGAAUUUUCAUCACUAUUAAAAAGUUGUGGACAUAUGAUUUUUAUUUGCUAGACACCGAACUGUAGUCAAUUGUAGUGAUGAUGGUGGAUUUGGAUAUUUGUUUUUCCAAAAUGAUCUGAUUUGCUAAAGUUUUCAAUUUGCUCAUUCUACUGCAAUUCAAUGUAUAGCGAAUGAACCCCUAAUAUCUCCAAAACCGUCACUAGAAUAGAUCAAUGUCUGCACUGAGCCUUUUCAAAUGGACCUCAAAAAAUUAUUCAUAAUAAUAAACUGACCAGCCUACCCUGACACGGUAUAGCUGAAAUGUAAAUAAAAAUAUUCUCAAUGCUUGAUUAUAAUCCUUUAGAGCAAUAAGAAAAGAAAAGAAAAAACACAUUUGACACUGUAGCAUUUUCAAUAAGUCCUCAGUCAUGCUGUAAGAAAUGUACAGUAAUUGAUCAACCACUCAGGAUGCUUAGGCAACUUUCUUUUGCAAGCUUGUGGACUGCAAUGGGCAAGGUUUAUGGUAAAUUUACUAUUAUAGCACACAAUGUAGUAUUCCAAUGUCGUAUCUCAUGUAUUGAAGAAAAACAAGUGAUGUUAAAUUCUUGCAUAAUUUAACUUCAUAUUUAAUGAGAGGUGAGUAGUAUCCAUGGGAAAAAUCUAUAACUGAUGAAAAUUCAGAUAUAAGUUUUGUAAAUCAAUGUCUUUAAAGGAACACUAUAGUCACCUAAAUUACUUUAGCUAAAUAAAGCAGUUUUAGUGUAUAGAUCAUUCCCCUGCAAUUUCACUGCUCAAUUCACUGUCAUUUAGGAGUUAAAUCACUUUGUUUCUGUUUAUGCAGCCCUAGCCACACCUCCCCUGGCUAUGAUUGACAGAGCCUGUAUGAAAAAAGUGGUUUCACUUUCAAACAGAUGUAAUUUACCUUAAAUAAUUGUAUCUCAAUCUCAAUUAAAUUGAACUUUAAUCACAUACAGGAGGCUCUUGCAGGGUCUAGCAGGGGGAUAAGAAAAUCUUAAUUAAACAGAACUUGCAAGAAAGAAAGCCUAAAUAGGGCUCUCUUUACAGGAAGUGUUUAUGGAAGGCUGUGCAAGUCACAUGCAGGGAGGUGUGACUAGUUACAUAGUUACAUAGCUGAAAAAAGACUUGUGUCCAUCAAGUUCAGCCUUCCUCACAAAUGUUGUUGCUGUUGAUCCAAAAGAAGGCAAAAAAACCUGGUCUGGAGCGCUUCCAAUUUUGCCACAAACUAGGAAAAAAUUCCUUCUUGACCCCAAAAUAGCAGUCAGAUGUCUCCUUGGAUCAAGCAGCUAUUACCCCACUAAUUAGAAAUUAUAUUCCUGUAUGUUAUUUUUUUCUAAGUAUUUAUCCAAUUUCAGUUUAAACAUCUGUAUGGACAAAAACCACCUCUUCAGGCAGAGAAUUCCAUAUCCUUAUUGUUCUUACUGUAAAAAACAAAAAAAAAAAAAAACACUUUUCUUUGCCUUAGAUGAAAUCUCCUUUCUUCCAGCCUAAAUGUGUGACCUCGUGUCCUAUGUAUAGCCCUGUUUAUGACUAGAUUUCCAGAUAAAGGUUUGUACUGACUAGGGUUCAUAAACAAAGGGAUUUAACUCCUAAAUGACAGAGGAUUGAGCAGUGAGGCUGCAGGGGGCAUGUUCUAUACACCAAAACUGCUUCAUUAAGCUAAAGUUGCUCAGGUGACUCUAGUGUCCCUUUAAAGUCACCUAGACCACCAUAUCUCAAUAAAGUGGUCUGUGUGCAGUGACCCUCUAGCUUUAGCCCUGCAUUGUAAAACAUAAAUUUUUUUUUUUUUUUUUUUGAAACUGUAUUGUUUAUACUUUGUAGGGUUAAACACAUCUCUAGUGGCUGUCUUCCAGAUAGCCAUUAGAGGAGCUCCCUCUAAAACAAUAGCAAUACGAGUGUCUUAGCGCAGGAGAAAAGGUAAGUAAAACACCCCCGGUCACCCUACACAUUGGGGAUAAGGCACUGAUCUGUGUGCACAUGGACAGUGGCACUAUUGUGUAUCCUAACGCUAUAGUGUUCCUUUAAUGUAUUUAAAAUUUUAGCAACAGGUUUAAGUUUGAAAUCCUUAUGUGAACUACAAUUCUUAAACUAAAGUAUUUUGUACCCUGCUGAUGCUCAUGUAUUUGUAUAUAUUGGUUUUUAUACACUUUAUUGCAUGUACUUCAUGUAUUGCAUGUACUCUUUGUUUCAGAAUGUUUACUGAAUGAGGAGAACUUCUCUGUACGCUGUCCCAAGCACAAGGUAUGAAAAUUUACUCUCGUGUUUGAAAACCCAUUGUGCUUCAGAAUUAAAGGGAUUUUCCAGGCUGGAGUUGAUUCUCUGCUUAAUCAGUGGUAGACUCUACGGACAGAACAGCUGACCUAUUCUUGUCUAACAGUGAAGCUGGUUGUUUCUCCAUGGUGUAAUGGGGAAGAUAGCCUUUUCUUACUUCCCGUGCACUGCUAGGUACUGAUUCAGACCACAUUCCAGAAGGAAGUGAUGUCAGUCAGAAGGAGAAAAUGGGCUAGAAUUAAACCAGCCAGUCUGUAUGCCCAAGCUUUUCUUUUGUCCUCUCCUGAAAGACUGAGGAAAAACUUGGGGAACCAUGUUACUUUUUUGUUCUGAGACAUCUUGGCGCGAUGGAUUUGUUUAUUUAUUUUUAUUAUUAUUUUUUUUUGUCUGUGUGUUAAAUAUUAUCCCUCAAAACGAUAAUAUACAAUACUAUACAUUAAUAAGCCUAUGGUGAGAACAACUAAAUGCUUUUUGUGUUUGGGUGUAGCCCUAGUGCACAUGACCUCACUCUAACAUUGUUUAAUUGAGAGAGUAUUCCUUACCUUAUGAGUGACUGAGGAAGCAGUAGUGUUAGCCCAGAAAGCACACAUAAACAGACUAGCCAGCAACCUGCUUUCCCAUUGGGAUUCUCAAUUGUUUAUUGCAACCGGAUUAGUUCAUUCUAGUGAAAUUAAACUUUAACACCCCCACUCCCACAACAUGUGGUUAACAUAUUGUGUACAAUAACCACUCAAAAAUGCAUUUGUUCAAUUUAUUCAGCCUUUAGAGAAAUACUGGAGGAUACAUAGGUUCAUGUGUAGUCAAAUUUGAAUAAAAUGGUAAAUACACCUAAGAUUUAAAAAAUAAAAUAAAAUGCAUUCCAGAUGUGAAAAUGUGUGUGGGCAUAAUUGUAGUGUGCCUAAAAUUAGGUCUCCACUUUCCCUGGCUGCAGGAAUAAGGACAAUGUAUAUUGUGCCAUAUCGGCACUAUUGUAAGAAGGGAAAUUGGUUGAUCUGGUAUUCCUAGUUCCUUUGUACUAGACAGAGAGACCGACCUAAGCCCAGGUGCCAGAGAUGAUUUUGUACGAUAAAAAAUGUGGGGUUACAAAUGUGAGGUUUUAAAACUUAAAUUUAGAGGGCCACUUUCCAUAGCACCAUAAUAAUUACAGUAAAUUGGGAUGGUUUUGUAACUGUAGUGUUUUAUUUUACUAGUUUCUAAUUCACAAACUAAUUUGAGCUCAAUAUUUUAUUUAAUCAAUUUGUGUGGAAAUUUAGGAAAUUUAUGUAAAUUUAAUUUGGUAUAAACCAUAUUUAUGUGCCACCUUCAACAACAAAAAUAUCUCUGAAAUCACAUGCCAGAUAUAUGUAUGUGUGUGUAUGUAAUAAACAAAUAUGUGUAUGUGUGUGUGUGUGUGUGUGUGUGUAUAUAUAUAUGUAUAUAUAUAUAUAUAUAUAUUCACACACAGUUUAAUUUUUUUUGCUGAAGCUAAUGCAGAGCCUUUUUGCAGCAGACAGAUGCAUGCAUUCAAUUAUGCAAUCAUUGGUGGAAGAUGCACCUUGAAGAUUGUGUUUGUUGAUGAAAACUUGAGUAGUAAAAAUGAACCAGUCCCUUAAUGAUGUCAGGAAGAGGAAUCUAGGCUUGUAGAGAAUCAGAGAUGACUUGCAUUGGUGAUUAUGGUAUAUAUGGAUUUGCAUAACACUGGUUUUCCAAACUUUUUGAUUUUUAUAAAACUCAAUACAUUUUUUCUUUUUAGUUUGGUGCAAUGUUUGUGAAUACAUAUGUUUAUUGUGUAGACUUACUUAAGAAUGUUGUCAUGAGUUUUUACUUGUUGCUUCUUUUAGUCACAUAGUGAAGUUCGUAUUUCACAUUGAUUAUUCAUAAGUGCAGUUUUGCACAUCUUAAUUUACUUAAAUUUUAUUGUGUAGUAACUUUUAUUUAAGUAUUUAACGAAGAAUGUACGUUUAGCUUGUCACUAUUUCUGAAGUAAAACCAGGGGUCUUCAUAUUACCCAACUUAAUAAAUGCUAGCGAUCCCAGAAGUAUGAAAAGCGUUACUGACCUUGCUCUGGACUAAUCAGAGGCUCGGAGUUAUCUCAUCGGCACUCCCCAGCACUACAGCCUAUAAUUUUUGUCCAAAUUUGGAUGGGUUUGUAUAGGUAAUGCUGAUGUGGAAUGUCUGCAUUAGUCUGUGGCAGUAGUAUAGGGUAGAGUUUUUGGUGAUGGGAAAGCCCCUGUUUUGUCAAAUCUGGCAAACACACUGAUCAGCCACAAAAAACACCUUUAUAAUAUUGUGCUGCCAAAACUGCUCUGAUGCAUUGAGGCAUGGACUUAACAAGACCUCUGAGCGUGUCCCCUAGUGUUUGGCAGCAAGACAUUAGCAGCAGAUCCUUUAAGUCGUGCAAGUUGCGAGGUGGAGCCUCCACGGGUUGGAUUUUUUUGUUCCAGCAUAUCCCACAGAUGCUCAGUUGGAUUGAGAUCAGGAAAUUUGUAGGUCAAGGCAACACCUUGUACUCUGUCAUGUUCCUCAAACCAUACAUGAAAAUAUUUUGCAAUGUGGCAGGUUGCAUUUUCCUGCUGAAAGAGGUCACUGCCAUCAGUGAACACCAUACGUGAUUGGCAACAAUCUCUAGGAAGGUGGUAUGUGUCAAAAUAAUAUCCACGUGAAUGCUAGGACCCAAGCAUAACACUGCCGGCCUGGCUUCUUCCCAUAGUGCCAUCUCUUUGCCAGGCAAAUGACGAGCAAGCACUUACCUGCUUUAAAUAGAGAAUGUGGUUCCUCAGUCCAGGUAACAUUUUUUUCCAUUGCUCCUUGUCCAGUUCUGAUGCUUACAUCCUCCUUGAAGACCCUUUUGGCGGUCGACAGGAUUCCUCAUGGGAACUCUGAACUGUCUACGUCUGGGCAGUCCCAUACUCUGUAAACUGUGGUGCACUGUGUGUUCUGACACCUUUCCAUCAUGACUAGCAAUAUGAUGUUCAGCAAUUUCAGCUACAUUAGCUCUUCUGUAAUUUGAACCAGACAGGGUAGCCUUUACUCACCACUUGCAUCAAUGAGCUUUGGACCUUGUGACCAUGACACCGAUAGAGUUGUUCUUCCUUGCACCACUUUUGGUAGGUACUAAACAUUGCAUACCAGCAACAUCUUACAAGACUUGUCAUUUUGGAGAAGCUCUGACAGUCGUCUAGUCCUCACUGCAAUAUAUCACUCUUUGCAAUAACAAUAUAAUCAAUGUUAUUCACUUCCCUUGUCAGUGAUUUUAAUGUUGUGGCUGAUCAGUGUAGCACGAUAACGGCUAAGGAAAGCUAGGCAGAGAAUUGCCCAGAGCACCUGUCUUGCAAAGAGUACUCACUGAGCUGCAUUGGAAAGCCCAUAAUUGGACAGUCACAGAAAGUCUGGGCCAGGCUAGAAGAGAAGGGCUUGCAAUGGUAGCAAAUGAGAACUGCAGCUUUUGCAAGCUGUUUAGAUAUAAAUGCAUAUUUGGAAUGUAUGCAUGUUUUUAUUGGGGAUAUAUAUCUACUAAACAGUGAUAUUUAUUUUGUAUUUGAGCAGUGGAGAGUCUCUUUAAUGCAACACUAUGACAUUCGGAAUACAAGCAUGUUUUCCUAACACUAAAGUGUUCUACUCCCUGUUUAGAUUUAUUAUACAAUCUUAUGCUUGUCAUAGAUAUGAGCAUUGAUUAAAGAACCAUUUCUGACUUGGUUACAUUAUAGUAGCGGAAGCUCCCUGUUGUGGCUGUUAGGAAGACAGCCACUCGAAAUCUGUUUAGCUCUGGAAUAAAAACAUUGCCGUAGUGGCUUUAUUUACAUUGCAGGGCUAAAAUGCCAGGUGGCACUGUAUCUGUUAUAGGGAAACUCAGAAGCCACGCACAGACAGUCCGGACCCAGGUCAGUUCAGGAAGCAAAGGUGACCCAUUCUCCCUGAUCGGGUCUCAGCUGAACUCUUGUUCAAAAUGUCUGAGCACAAGCUUUUUAUAGCUAUUCAUCCCCCAUCUGUACCCUUACACCAGUCAGCAAACCGUAUUUACAGCAUUACCUUAUAAGGAUAGGCAGUAUGGUACUUGGAGAAUGGAAUGUGGUUUUUCAAAUCCAGCACAUGCUCAGUACAUUGAUGACAGUAUCUUAGUUACACGUAAUUAACAGAUACCUGUACUUGUAUAUGCCACAUGGAGAUUUUGGGCCUAACUGAAAUCCCAUCACCUAUCCAGACCACUUCAUUGAGAUGAAUGAAGUCGUCUGAGUGCCAACAGAGUCCAUUUAAAUGGACACUCUAAGCACCAAAACAACUUUAUCUUAAUGAAGUGUGUGUUUUUUUUUUUUUUUUUUAUAGAUUAGGUUCAUGGGGUAAGAUGGCUUUUGCAGCCCGAGACACUCCUUCCCUGGCUGUGAUUUCAACAGCUUCUUAUCUACUGCUAUGUUAAUGCAUGCUAGAGCCUAUGGAGACUUGUGAGUGGUUAAAGUUCAUUUCACAGAGCAGAAUAUAACUUCUAAAGAAAACAUGUUGUGCUGUAAGAUCUGACUGAAAAUUAAGUUGUUUUUUUUUUUCUUGGAGGCUUGUGAGUCACAGGCAGGUGGUGUUGCUAGGGCUGCAUAAACAAACAAAAGAAGUGAUGUAACUCCUAAAUGACAGAGAAUUGAAGAUUAUACUAGCUUUAGUGUACUAAUAAUCUUAAUUUUAGUAAUGACAGGAGGCGAAUAUUUGCAUAUCUUUCUUUACUGUAAACUCCAGCAGCAUAGAAACAGUAACAACCAAUCAGAGAAAAGAUAUGGUGCCCAUAAGAGGCCCUGUCUAUGACAUCACUUCCUCUUUCUUUGGUGUGAACAGUAAAUAACAAUAAAACUUAAAACAAAUUACAGUAACAGUUCAACAGCAUGAUGGGGAAAAAUAACUCCGGUAGUUCCUUGAUGUAACGAUGUGGGAGAUGAGCCUUUGUCCCGAAUAGAAGAUGUGUACACUUGUCGAGAAGGCGAUCACACUGCAAGACAAGGAAAAGAGUGAAAGGUCUCUGGCGUGAUAACUUGUCCGCAUAUCUUAAAACAUAAUAAUCCUGCCAUAACACAAGACUGUCCGAAAGGUUCAAGUAAUAUACCCGAUAAAAUUACUGUAAUAGGAAGAACUAUAGAUAUACAUGAUGUACAUAGAUAUAAGGUUACUACAUUCCAUCCUAUACCAACCCCUAAACACUGUUAGGUACGGAAUAUACUCACCUAUGGUACAUGUCUUCCUGAACCUAUGAGGCCUUCUGUUCCGUUGAUGAAAUAAAGGGGGGGUCCAAUAGGGUGGGAAAUAUUCGCCUCCUGUCAUUACUAAAAUUAAGAUUAUUAGUACACUAAAGCUAGUAUAAUCUUCAAUUUUACCACAUGACAGGAGGCUUCAUAUUUGCAUUUUUAAAGCUUGGAAUUGAUGAGUGUGAAGGAAGCAUGAGUUGUUUGACGGAAAUAGAAAGUCCUGACCGAAUGUGCGCCGAAGUGAGGUUCAACGCCUGCUAACGAUAGUAGCCAGCGGACCCAUCUAGCCAGUGUAGUCGUGGACACCGGUCCAUGAGGCUUCACAUAGGAAAUCAACAGUUGACCCGUCGAACUGGUUCGAAGGGGAGUUGUGGUUUCCGUAUAUCUCAUAAGCGUCCUGACAACGCAUAGUUUGGGAUCUGAGCCAAAGUACGGGUACGAUAUCGAGGUGGAAUCCGAUUUGGUCCGUCUUGAUAUGGAAAAAAUAACUCCUUCUGGAGUGAUGGAGAACCCGUCCACGUCGAAUGCUCUAACGUCUGACACUCGCCGGAACGAGACGAGACAUAGUAAGAGGGUCAGUUUAGCUGAAAGUUGUUUCAGUGACAGAUAGGGAUUAUCUGGCCAUGUUCUAAGAAAAUCCAGCACCACGUCUACCUGCCAGAGGUUAGAAUAUUUGGGUGCCGGUGGUCUCGUUAGUUUAGCGCCCCGUAGAAGUCGGCAUAUCAGUGGGUCCUGCCCCACUGGUCUGCCUUGUAUCGGGACGUGUGCCGCCGAUAUGGCUGAUCUGAUCACGUUGAGGGAUCGAUACGAUCGUCCCAACGAGAACAGAUGAGCUAGGUAGUUAAGGAUCAGUGGGAUAGGGGCAUUAAAGGGAUCGGAGUCCCGUUCCACACACCACUUACUCCAAGCCGCCCAUGCGGACAUAUAGCAUUUCCUGGUGCCUGGAGCCCAAGAGUCCCAUAGGAGGUCCUUAGUCGAUUGUGAUAGGCCGUGGACUGACCAGGAGCCCCUGAAAUCGUCCAAGCCACUAGUUCUAGUUGCCUUUCCAGGACGAGGGGGUGUGGUUCUCCUCGAGGUCCCGUCAGAAGUCGUGGGAAGGCAGGGGGUAGCCGGGGGUGUCCGUGGGACAUUUCCAGGAGGUCUGGGAACCACGGUUGACUCUGCCAAAGCGGGGUUAUCAGUAGAAGCGAUAGUUUGCGGGUGCGUGUGUAUCGCAGUACCCGUGGUAUCAUGGAGAAUGGUGGGAAGGCGUAAGCCCCUAGGAUGGGCCAGUCUUGCAGGAAUGCGUCUGCCGCUUCGCUCUUCGGAUCUGGGAGCCAACUGUAGUAUCUCGGCAGUUGGUGGUUGGUCCUGGAGGCGAACAAGUCUAUUGUUAGCGGGUCCCUCGCCGUAAUUCUUGGAAUAUCUCCCUGUUGAGUUUCCAGUCGCUGGUGUCUCGCCAGUGGCGUGAGAACCAAUCCGCCGUCAGGUUGGCGAUUCCUGGUAGGUAUUCCGCAUGUAGCGUGAUGUUCCGACGCAGGCAGAAGCUGUAGAUGUCCUUCGUGGCCUCUGUCAGUGCUCGAGAUCUCGCUCCGCCUAGGCGGUUGAUGUACUGUACCGCCGAAAUGUUGUCCAUGCGGAGCAGAAUACAGCAAUUCGAUUUGUCCUUGGCCAGGCUGCGGAUGGCGAAGGAUCCUGCAAUCAGUUCCAGGCAGUUGAUGUGUAGGUUGGUCUCCUCCUCUUGCCAUGGGCCUCCCGUGGAGGCGUCCGCGCAGUGAGCUCCCCAUCCCCAUAGGCUGGCGUCCGAUUCCACGAUGAAGUCCGGGGAGGAGCCGAAGAUAGCCUUUCCAUUCCAGGCUUGCAUGUGUAGUAACCACCAUCGAAGUUCUGUCCUCACUUCCGUCGACAGUGGGAUCCAUUGGUCGUACGAGUGCCCAGUGCGGAGGUAUGCCGCCUUCAGCCGUUGCAUGGCCCUGUAGUGGAGCGGGCCUGGGAAAAUCGCCUGUAUGGAGGAGGAAAGGAGUCCCACGAUCCGAGCGAGCAUCCUGAGUGGUAUCGUGUCCAUCCUCAGAACCCGUCUGAUUUCCUUCCUUAUCGAUGCUAUCUUUGUCGAGGGGAGGCGUAGUACGCAGUCCUUCGAAUCGAUAUCGAAACCGAGGAACUGAACCGACUGGGAAGGAGAGAGAGACGAUUUUUGUCUGUUCACUACGAAACCCAAAGAUUCCAGCAAGUGAACGACAAACUUCGUCUGCAAUCGUAGUCUGGAGGCUGAUUCGCAGAAAAUUAGCAAAUCGUCCAGGUAUACGAGACAUCUUAUGCCGCGGGUUCGUAUGUGCGCCAUCACCGGUCUCAGGAGCUUCGUGAAGCACCACGGGGCUGAGCUGAGGCCGAACGGCAGACAUGUGAACUGGCAUAUCCGUCCUCUCCAUAGGAAGCGGAGGAAACAUCGGCAGUGAACGCUCACUGGAACGGACAGGUACGCGUCCUUUAGAUCCAGGCGUGUAAACCAGUCGUUCUUGAUGAGGAGGUCUUGUAGAAGGUGGAUUCCUUCCAUCUUGAAAUGCCUGUAUACCACAAACGAGUUCAAUUGUCGGAGGUUGAUCACCGGUCUGUAGUCGCCUGUUUUCUUUUUGACCAGGAAGAUGUUGCUUAUAAAGCCUCCCCCUUCUGGUGCGUAUUGUAUCGCGCCUUUCCUGAAGAGUGUGUGGAUCUCCUCGUCCACCAAGAGUUCUUGUUCCUUUGACAAGUGAAUCGGAGGAGGGGGGUUGGGUUGUAUGGGUUUUGUGAAGAAAUCUAUGACGAAGCCUCGUACUGUCUGUAGGACCCAGGCGUCUUUGGUAAUCAGCUCCCAGUUCUGAAAGAAAAGGGACAGGCUGCCUGCUAUAAAGUGUGAGACAUUUUGGUAUGUAGGGGGACUCACCAUUGGAGAAACGGCCGCGUCCCCGACCUCUGAAUCCUCUAGACCUCCCCGUCCCUCGGAACGAAGAGGGCCUUUGCGUCGUAGAUGGGAAGAAACUUUGGGUCUGUGGGAGUGAUCUGGAACCGGAGGUCCAAAAACGGCUGGUGGCUCGGUUCCGCUGCCGACCAGCCCUUCCAAAAACACCCCUUGUAGUCGGGGUAUGAAAACUUGUUUGAGUGAGGUUUGGGCCUUAUUCAAAGUGGUGAAAAGGUUCACGUGCUUUUUGAGUUCCGUGAUAAAGGCGUCGCCAAACAGCUGUCCUUGGGCUUUCGGUCCGAAUUCUUUCGCCCCGAGGUCCAGGAGCUUACUAUCAAUGCGGAUGAGUGCCGAUCUGCGUCUUUCGGUGCACAAUGCGGCAUUUGCGUUGCCCAGAAGGCACACCGAUCUUUGAGCCCAUUCCCGUAUGAUGUGAGGGUCUAGUUGGGAGCCUUGGCUGAGGGCUAGGUCUGCGAAGUAGAGUAUUUUCGCAAUGGGGCCGAGUAGGUCCAGCACCUUAUCUUGUGUCGCCUUCAUGCCUUUUUCCACUCCCUUUCGGGGGUCUCGGCCCGAGCGUGACAUAAAGACCACAACUGUAUUGUCAAAUUCAGGGGUAAGUGCCACUUUGUCGGGUAACAAGGGUCUGGGGCAUUCGGCCCGGAGACGUGCUCGUACCUCCUUUUCUAAUGGCUUGCGUAGCCAGAAGUGAAUGAACUUUGUCAGGUGGUCUGGUAAGCUCCACUCGGAAGACCGUGGGUGUCAGAUGGAACGUGGGUCGAAGAGUGGGUUCCCUUGGUCAUCUAUAAACACUCCAUCUCCGGUCUUAUCCGUGUUGCUAUCUCUGUCUCGGUCGGUGGUGUCGAGAAAGGUCUCCUUAACGUAUCUCGAGGAGGUGGGAGGUAAGUCCUGCCAUUCCUCUUCAUCGGAAAUUGAUUCCUCCCCGUGCCACUCGUCGACCACGUCCAAGGUGCGUGGUACAUAGGAGUCCUCUUCGUCGGAGGAUGGAAAUGGUUGGGGUGCGGGCUGUAGUCGGCCCGUGGUCUUACUCCGUUUGGUGGGUGAUUUGCCCCUAGUCUUGGUGGAAGGGGGGGCUUAGAGUCUUUCGCUGUCGUUUUACUUUGGACAUCUCUGAGCCCGAAGCCUCCAUCCGUUCUGGGGGACUCAUGUCGCCCUGACUUUGGGGUAGAGCUUUCAAGAGGGCUUUUUCUACAGAUGCCGCCACUGCAGCAUUAAUCAUAGCCUGAAAGUCCUGACUAUUUUGGGUGUCUUCCAUGAUUUGUAGUGUGUUUUCCUCGGCCUGUUGGGCGAUAAUGAAAAUCAGUGGAAGCGGUGGAGGAGAGUCAGUACAUGUAGUGACAGACUCCUGGUACAACUGGGGGCCGCCCAGUUGGCAAAAAUUGUGCUUAGAGGCGUAUUGUAUAUGGGCUGUCGCCUAAUACAGAGGCCGCCUGAUAUGAGCUCAGUGGUGGUGUAUAGGUAGGGUUCGCCACAGUUGUACACCAGAGCUGUAUUGCACGUUAGGUAGCAAUCAGGGUUAAAUGUCAGUUGAGGGCAGGUCCUCGUGCAUAUACUCGGGGUUCACCCCGGGUGGUGUGCCGUGGUAACCAGAGGACACCCACAUAAGAUAAUGGUCAGUGACCUUGCAUGCAUAUCUGGGGGGUCACCCCAGGUGGUGUGCCAUGAAAAAAUACCCAGAGGACACCCACAUCAGUUUGCACCGUUAGGUACAGUAAUAUAAUGUAACCCUUGAAGGGUGUUGCAAUGUAAUAUGCCCUUGGCUGUAAUGUAAUAUGCCCUUGGAGGGUACAGCAAUAUGGUAUGACCCUGUAAAGGGUCUGGUAACAAUAUGCCUCUUGUGAUUAUAUAGAAGUAGAAC